AUGAAUCCCCUCCUGAUUCUAUUUCUUCUGGUCGCAGUCUCCACUGCCGACUAUACCCCCUUAUCCUAUGAGGAACGUCCGUGUGGCACCGAUAUGAGUAAUCUAUGGUUGGAUGUGGUCGCUGUGGUGGAUAACUCAAAAGUGAUGGGCGAUGAAGACUUGGCGGAGACCGCCGUCCUCAUCACAAGAAUAUUCGGGGAAUCCCGUAUAGGCACCUCCAUCCCCAACCAACCUAAAACCACACGACUUGGACUAGUCACUUAUAAUUCGACAGCGACUAUUCAAGCGGGUUUGGACAAGUUUCAGUCCCAGCAGGAUGUUAUUUUCAAUAUCUUUAAUUCUUUGAAUGCUGUGAGCUCUACUAGUGAGAGCUAUCUAGCAAAUGGUCUGGUAGCCGCUGAGAAUGUUUUCGCGAAAGGACCAAGUAGGGGAAACAACUAUCAAAAGGUUAUUUUGCUGUUUGCAGCUUCUUAUAGCUCACAGUCCAAUCCAAUAGCUAUCGCCAAUCGUCUGAAACAGGCAGGAAUUACUAUCAUCACUAUGGGAUAUAACAACUUGAAAGACCCAAAUUUUUACCAAAACUUGGUAAAAAUCGCCAGUCCGAAUAAGAGCAUUGCGUCGAUAGUGUCAGUUCCGAUUGAUUUUAUUCAAGAAGCACUGUUGGACUCCAACUGCUUCUGCCCACCAAAAUGGGCCCAAUACUAUGCUCACUACACCUAUUUGGGGGAAUGCAUCAUCGCUGUGCCAAACUCCACCGUCUGGAACGCUGCUCAUCUUUCCUGCCAGAACCUACGUAAGAACGCCUACAUGGUCAAUGAAUACAGUCAGGAGAAGCAUGACUUCGUCCUCCGUGUGGUCAAAAGCUGGGGAUUCCCACAGCCGUAUACCUAUUUCACCGGUUUGGCCUACUCGAACAAGGGAAAGUGGCAAUGGGACCAACCGGCUGGAUGGCCUCAACCGGCGCUCCAACAAUGGUUUAACUGGGAUCAAGGGUACCCAAUGAGCGCAUCAAACAUGGGUGUUGUGCAGAAUGUACAGAAGGGCGAGAGUACUGUAUGGAGAAAUUUUGGGCAGUGGAAUACAGCUGCACCGUAUAUUUGUGAAGUGGCGGCGUGUGAUACCGACACUUAUUGUGAUGAGAAUUUUCAGAAUUGA